AGCAGGUUCUCCAGCAUGGUGUCCACUCUGGCCAGCAGACAGACAUUCAUCCAGUCGAGCAUUACGUUUUUGCGAUCUCAUGGUUUUGACGGUUUGGAUCUGGACUGGGAGAUGCUGGGGGUUCAUAGUUCACCUGAGGACAAAAAGAGGUUCACUCUGCUCUGCAAGGAGCUUUUUAAUGCUUACAAAUCAGAGAGUUCUGGACAAGGGCGACUAAUUCUUUCUGCAGCUGUGCCAGCUAGAGCAAGAAUUAUUGAUGGUGGAUAUGAAAUCUCUGAGGUGUCCAAGUAUUUAGACUUCAUGAGUGUGAAGACAACUGACCUGCAUGGUCAUCUAGAUGGAGUGACGGCCCACCACAGCCCUCUGUAUACGGACAACAAAGACAAUAUUGAUUAUGUGAUGCAGUCCUGGAUAGAACGAGGCGCUCCUGCAGUCAAGUUGCUGCUUGGCUUUCCCGUUUAUGCCCGCUCAUUCACUCUCUCUUCAAAUGCAACUGGCCUAGGAUCUCCAGUCAGAGGCCCCGCCACUCCUGGGCCCUACACUCAGGAGAUUGGCCUCUGGUCGUACUAUGAGACCUGCACUUUCCUGCGUGGCGCCACUGUUCAGUGGUCAGAGAGGCAGAAAAUUCCCUUUGCUGCGAAAGGCAAUCAGUGGGUGAGCUUUGACCACCAGGACAGUGUUAAUGCAAAGGUCCAUUAUAUCAAGAGGAACCAGCUAGGUGGCGCCACUGUGUGGACUUUGGAUAUGGAUGAUUUUUCAGGAAAAUUCUGUGGUCAAGGGACAUUUCCGCUCAUUUCUCAUCUGAAGCGUCGACUCCACGACAGCUCAACGCAUUACACGGCUGCUGUGUCUCCUCCCACGUCCUCUGGAUCCUUACUGAAACUGACUCCUCCCACACACGGGGCUUUCACAGAGAUGGGACCUGGGAGCUACUGCCAACAGAACAUAACUGUGGUCUAUCCUGUCAGUCACUUCUGUACAAGCAGAGAAGACGGACUUUACAUCUGGUCUCAAAAGCCAAAGAAGUUGUACAGCUGUGUGCAAAGAAAAACAUACAUGAUAAGGUGCCACUCAGAGGGAGCACAUCCAAACAAGGGAGAGUCAUCUACAUCAUCAUACACGUGUGUAGUGUCGUCUGCCAUACUUGCCUGUCUGCUGACUACUUUGAGCAUCUAG